CGUUCGGGUAAAGGACCUCUUUGUGUCCUGAUCACAUAUUCCUGCAAGCAAUAAUCAUAAAUUGUUUUGUUAUCAAUAAGUAGUAUAUUAACAUGGAUAAAAUAUUCAAUGUCAUCAUGAAACCGAUAAAUAGAGAAAUAAAUUACGAAGUGGGAAAAUGGAAUGGUGCCAUUUCUGAUGUCCUAAUCAAUUGAAAUCAUAUCCAACCAAUACUACGUUGGAGAACAUCAUUGUCAUUUGGCGCAUAAUUUGGUGAUCAUUGAGGUCGUGGCUGAUCAAAGAAGGUCGAGGAGUGUGUCACACGGUCACACACAGUCGUCUUUCUUGGUACAUUCUUUUUCUUGAUGAAAUACACGUCUUUACUCCAUUGUAAUGUUUUGUAAUAUACCUUGAUAGAGGGUGAGGCUAAUGCCUCCUGGUUGAACUGCAGUCACUAGGUGUGUAUUGGAAAACAUCAGGAUAGAUAUACAUAUUUCAAAAUACUGAGGAGUAUUAAAAUUUUACAUUGAAAAAAUAUCAUUCAAUAUAAGACUAAACGAGUUCAAAAUCUAAUCAUUACUUUAACUAGAAUAUUCGUUACACAAUUUCACUGUCUACUGGAGAAGAUAAAAAGAUAAAAAAAUAUAACACUCUUGUGUUUACCGUAAAUUUUUACAGCUGUUGAUACUGUAGUUAUACAAAAGUCUACAAAUAUACUUGGCAUCAUUUAAUGAAUGUAUAUUUUUUAUUUAUAAACAAAUUUGAUUAAUACAUCAAUCUUAACUAAAUAAAAUUUUCUCAAAAAUUGAAAAAAAAUAUAAGAGACGAGUGGAAUUUUAGCACAAGAAAAACAUGGAGAAUAAUGACGAAGUAAAUGUUAAUGAGAUCGACACAAAUGAUCAGAAUGAACCUUCCAGCACAUUUGAUGAAGAAAAUAAUGAAGGUUCUGAAGAGCACUAUGGCUGUGACCAUUACAAAAGAAAAUCAAAAUUCGUGACACCUUGUUGUAAUAAAGUAUAUACAUGUCGAUUUUGUCAUGAUGAACAAGAAGCUCAUACAGUAAACCGAAAAGAAGUUACAGAAUUAAUUUGCGUACUAUGUGAUACUCGUCAGCCAGUCCAAGCAACUUGUCAGAAUUGCCAUUGUCGAUUUGGUAAAUACACAUGUUUAGAGUGUAAUUUGUUUGAUGAUGAAGAUAAAAAUCAGUAUCAUUGCGAUGGAUGUGGUAUAUGCAGAGUGGGCGGUAGAGACAGAUUUUUCCACUGCGCUAAAUGUAAUAUGUGUUUACCUGUACAGCUACAAAAUGGGCACAAGUGUGUAGAAAAUGUGUCACACGCCAAUUGUCCUGUCUGCUUAGAAGACAUUCACACAAGCCGUAUACCCUGUCACAUUCCUGACUGUGGGCAUUUACUUCAUCGUACCUGUUUCGAAGAACUUUUACAUUCCGGACACUACGCCUGUCCUACAUGUCAAGUUUCUCUCCUUGAUAUGACGGAUCUUUGGAGAUUUUUAGACGUUGAAGUAUCACUUACUCCGAUGCCUCCAGAAUACAAAGAUUAUAAGGCGGAAAUUUUAUGCAAAGACUGUCAUGAGGAAUCAACUGUUAAGUUUCAUGUUGUUGGAUUAAAAUGUCUAAACUGUGGCAGCUAUAAUACCUGUAGAAUAAAAGGCUCUCCAUGUCCAGACCCUGACGUUUUGGAUGUAGCAGGAAGUAGUAGCGGCUCAGGUGAUCAAGAACAACCCGAUGAGAAUGGAUCUCAAUAAAUUAAAAAUUUAAAAAAAUCGAUUAUGUUUUAAAAAAUGUGUUUAAUGGGAGUAAAGCACCAACUCAUGAGUAAACGCUCCUACAAAUCAUGGAAAAUACUUCUGCAAUUACAAAGAUAAUACUAAAAGUGAUAAAAGAGUAUAAUUCUUUAUAUUUUUAACUUCUCGAUUCGUAGGGAAGUUAUUGUAAUUGGUUUUAAAAUUUUAAUGUAAUUUUGUUUGGAGAUAUUAGGCGUUUGUUAACAGCAUUUUUGAAAUGAUACGUGUAUGAUGUGUGUGUGGUGUAUGUACGUAUGUGAGGCCGCGAAAAAAUUUGUCUUUGACGAUAACUUGCAAAGAAAUUAUGAAGUAAGAUAUUAACUCUGUUUUAAUAGCUACCGACACAUGUUAGUAUCAUCCCAUUUAAUUAACUCCUUAGUGGGAAGUUAUAGAAAUGAGCCCGAUUUUGUGAAUCCGAAUGUUAACAUAUCUCCAUGUUUCAUUUUUUUUUUAUUGAAAUUAACCGAGUAAAUUGUUUAUUUAAAAAAAAAAAGCUAAAAAAAUGGAUAAUUUUUUUAAAUAUCUUAAAUAUCAUUAUCAUGGUUUCUUGUUGGAAAUUUACGUAAGCGGCUAUGCAGUUAUUUUUUAUAAAAUUUAGAAUGAGUUAUUCUUUGUUUCAUAGAAACAAAAUUUAUCAAUAGUAAUUAAAAUGAUAAAUAAUAACUAUCGGGAAGUUGCUGAUGUGAAUCUUCAGGGUCACACUAAUUAUCAGCUUGUUUUAACCAACUUCACCAUUAUAAAUUUACCUUUGAUAUGCUUAUUUUUGGCAAGAUAAAUAAAUAAUUUUAUGAGUAUGAAAA